UUCAAGGAAUUAUGGCUGUCCCCUCUGCUCUCUAGCUCCUUCAAGAACAUCUGCCACGACGAAUAAUUUCGAAAACGCAACAGUGUUACCGCCAAGAGUCCAUUAUAUAACAAGAGAUCUUUCACCUCUCAUCAGUAUCAUCAAUCGGUCAAAGAUGGUAAAGUCACGCAGAGUUGGCAUUGCAAUAGACUUCUCUGCAACCAGCAAACUUGCUCUCCGAUGGGCCGUAGAUAAUCUCAUCAACCAUGGAGAUCACAUCUUCUUGAUCAACGUUCAGCCACCCAAGUCUGGUCAUACCAGGAAGGAGCUUUUCGAAGACACUGGUUCACCUCUGGUGCCUCUGGAGGAGUUGAAGGAGAUGAAUUUCACGAAGCAAUAUGGGAUUGCGAGGGACCCUGAAGUUCUGGAUAUCCUUGAUACAGUGUCAAAAACCAAAGGGGCUAAAGUAGCAGCAAAGGUGUAUUGGGGAGAUCCAAGGGAGAAGCUUUGUGCUGCUGCUGAAGAUCUUAAGCUUGACUCUCUGGUAAUUGGAAGCAGAGGUUUAGGCUCCAUCAAAAGGUUGUUGUUGGGCAGUGUAAGCAAUUAUGUGGUCACAAAUGCUUCAUGCGCCGUCACAGUGGUUAAGGGGAACCUGUCUUCCAAUUCAAGACACUGAUAUGGAUUGUGUUUGGUUGUAUUUCUUUAAAGACAAUUCAAAAAAGAAAAAUGUUUGAUUGAAAGGUGCUAGUGAACAUAUAUAUUUUUUUUUUCAUGUAUCGUUGGCUUUUCAUGAAUUGAGAAUAACAGCGUCCAAUUUAAAAUUCUCCAAAAAGAA